CAGACAGAGCCACUUGGGCCGCAGGCAUCUCAGCUGAUCAUGGCAACGUGCGGGCUGCUGCUGCUGGCUUCCUGGGCUCUCCUGGGGGCUCUGGGGCUGCAGGCCGAGGCAAGGCCAGCGCCCUACGGGGUGAAGCUCUGCGGUCGGGAGUUCAUCCGCGCUGUCAUCUUCACUUGCGGGGGCUCGCGAUGGCGCCGAGCAGACAUCUUGGCCCACGACUCUCUGGGGGACUUCUUCACUGACGGAGAAACCAACACAGACCACCUGGCCAGCGAACUGGAUGAAACCGUGGGCUCCAGCGAGUGGCUGGCCCUGACCAAAUCCCCCCAGGCUUUCUAUGGUGGUCGAUCCAGCUGGCAAGGGUCUCCUGGAGUGGUUCGGGGCAGCAGGGACGUGCUGGCCGGUCUUUCCAGCAGCUGCUGCGAGUGGGGCUGUAGCAAGAGCCAAAUUAGCAGCCUGUGCUAGGAUCAGGGCUGAGCGCUGGGGAAACGGGCGGUGCCAGCAACCCGCUGACAGCUGUGUGAUGUUCAUGAGCAUUCCUACAGGCAAGGCACCGAGGGGUCCACGGUCGCCUUACAGACCCUCUCCCGAGACGCACACACUUCGUGCCAACCUUUCCCCACCUUGCUGCCGGCCACUCCUUUAUCCAGCCAAACAGAAACUUGGUUUGAUGGCAUGGCUGAGUUCUUCCCCGCUCCAUCCUCAUCCCCAGCAGCCGGGCAGCAACAAGAUGCCCAUCUACCCAAAUUGGCUACACCAAGCCCCCCCUCCGCCCCCGCCCUCUCUCCCGCCUUAACUGCCGCCACUGUCUCUGGCCGACCUGCCCCCUGUUCCUCUCCCUUCAGUCCCCAAACCAGAGCAGUCUGUUGCAGACCCCAGGACUGAGGGCGUCAGCUCCCCAGUACUCAAACUUCCCCACCACACAAAAUAAAGGUUCAGU